AUGGGCCGCACCGCCGGUUCCUCGUCGGGGCAGAAGAGGAAGAGCGCGGGAGGAGGUGACGAAGAGGGCGAGCUCGUCGCCGAUGAGCCACUCUGGCGCUUGUCCCUCGGCUCCAUCUACGGCAGCAGCGCCGGCUUGGCGGCUCCGCCGAUGAAUGCGCCGCCCUGCCUCCAUGUGACGCAGGCACCGCCGGUGCCGCGGCGUACCUCGCCUGUGUCGCCGCCAGCCGCCGUCAGUCUAGUGGCGCAUGUCCAGAUGCACGCGGACGGUGCGGCUUUCAUCGCCGCCGGAGCCGGCCAGGUCCUUUCUUCACCAACGCUGUUUGAUGUGGUUGCAUCGGCCGCCAUUCCCCUGGCGGCGAAACAAGCGGCGGCUCCUCCUCUCGUGCCGCCGAUAAAACAGGACGCGGUUGCACCGCGGGCUUCACCUCCUGCACACCACCAAUCACCCCGGCGGCGCGUCACCAACAGCGCUCUACCCCAGCCGGCCGCCGUCGACGGUGCCACCGCGGCCAACAAUGCCAUCACCGUCGGGGCUUCGAGCGCCACUGCUUCACCGCCUUCCAUCAACGGUGCCACACCCGCUUCCCCACUGUUUCCGUGGGCGACCAACCGUGCCGCCAUACAUCACCCAGUCUCCUAUCUCUUCGAGCGGGGCAUCACCACCGUGGAGGGUGAGGUGAAGUGCAAACGCUGCGACCUCCUGAAGACGGUCUCCUACAACAUCGCCGUCAAGUUCAAGGAGGUCCGCGACUUCGUGUCCCACAACAUCCACGACAUGGAUGACCGUGCACCUAAAGCGUGGAUGAGCCCCGUCGUGCCAGACUGCGACGGGUGCGGGCAGAGGAACAGCCUGCGGCCGGUGAUACCGAAGGAGAAGGAGAGGGUAAAUUGGGUGUUUCUGCUGCUGGGGCAGACGCUUGGGCUAUGCUCGCUGGAACACCUCAAGUAUUUCUGUGCGUGCACAGGUCAACACCGCACCGGCGCCAAGGACAGGGUGCUCUACUCCACCUACAUGGAGCUUUGCAGCCAGCUCUGCCCUGACAGGCUCUUCAACCUGACCGCGGAGAGGCAGAAGAGGGGUCAGCAGUAUUCCUGA